AGAAAAGAUUCAUUCAGACUUGGUGGAGAAUAUUUUGACUCCUUUGUCAUAUAUGAUAUGAUAUAACACACUAAUUUAUUAAAUCGUGCUCAGUUUUUCACAUUAGCAUCAAUAUUAAUUUAUAUGUCAUUUUUGAUAUACACAUCACACAGGAAGAGAUUUUGAACAGCAGCCAUUGGAGUUAAAGAAGAAGGAUAUGGAGGAACCAAAGAAACCAGGUUGCAGCUCAAGUUUAGUAGUCAGCUUGCUCAUCAUCACAUUCCCUUUGGUCUACUUUGCUUUUUUUCAGAUUGAUCAAUUGAAGGCGCAUUUCGCAAAUUGGCCGGAUAUCAAACCAGGAUCAGGGAACUUGCAAAAAGAUGCCAACAAUGUGAAAGACCCCUUCCAGAGGCUAAUGAGAGGAGAGCAAAGGGAACAACUCAAAAAGACUGGAUUUGUUUUCCUCUCUGAAAAGCACUCAGAUAGUUAUGUUUCAAGGAAAGAAGUGAGGUUUGACACCAACUCAUCUACAGUUUAUAUACAUUCCAAUCAACAACUGAAGAAAUACAGAUUUCAGCCGUAUCCUCUCAAAGAUUACAAAGCAAAGAUUCUGAAUUUAGUCAAACCUAUUGAGAUACAACAUGGAGAUAUGAAUCCACCGGCUUGUAAUUUCAUCCAUGAUGAUCCAGCAGUGAUUUUCUCCUCAGGUGGUUUCGUAGGUAACAUAUACCAUGAAAUCAAUGAUGUCAUCAUUCCCCUGUUCAUCACAAGCCGCCAUUUCCGGUCCCGGGUGAAGUUUGUGGUUACUGAUUACCACUUUUGGUUUAUCUACAAAUUCAGGAAUGUAAUUGAUAAUUUGUCGAAUUUUGAAGUUAUAGAUGCCUCCGAAGCGACAAAUGGAAAAGUUCAUUGCUUUCCAGGAGCUGUGGUGGGGCUGAAGUCUCAUGGUUUCCUGUCUCUGAAUAAGAGUGACAAUCCAGGUGGGCAUUCAAUGUCCGAAUUCAGGGACUUCCUGACAAGUUCAUAUAAUUUCAAAAUAAGGGAUGUUUCCGCGCUGAUCAUGGGAUCCAACAAGCCAAACUUGCUUCUUUUAUCACGCAAAGGGACGGAAACACGAACCAUCCUGAAUCAGGACGAGGUGGUGAAGAUGAUGGAGGAAUUAGGCUUUCGGGUCAUCGUGUCCACCAUGAAAAUGAUGCGGAACAUGUACGAUUUCGUUCAUAUCGUGCGAUCAUGCAGUGUGAUGGUUGGAGUUCAUGGUGCAGGGUUAACCAAUGAACUGUUCUUGCCAGAUGGUGCGGUGACGAUUCAGGUGGUUCCACUUGGCCUGGAAUGGGCUGCAGAGUACUUCUAUGGGGAACCAGCAAAAGGCAUGGGUUUGCAUUAUUUGGAGUACAAGAUUGAACCUCAGGAAAGCUCACUCUUGGACUUGUAUGGACCAGAUCAUCCUGUGAUUACAGAUCCCAAGUCUAUAGAGGACCAAGGUUACAAGAAUUUCAGGGCUAUUUAUAUGGACAAGCAGAAUGUGAAAAUUAAUGUAGAAAGAUUUAGGAAGACACUUGUUGAGGCAAUGAGCCUUCUGGGACAAUUGAAUUGAAUUGAAA